AUGACCAAGAAAAGGAUCAAGGGGAAGAGAAUUCCUUUGAUUGUUCCAGAGGCACCCAUUGACAAUGUAUCUUUCCACUUUGCCAGUAAUGCACAAAGUUGGAAGUUUGUUGUUCAGAGAAGGUUAGCCAUAGAAAGGAAACUCCAUGAAGAUGCUUUGGAACUCAAAGAAAUCAUGGAUCUGUUGGUUGAUGCAGGUUUGAUGAAGACUGUCAAGGACAUUGGCAGAUGCUUCUCUCAGUUGGUUAGGGAAUUCAUUGUGAAUAUCCCUACUGACUGUGAUGAUGAGAGUAGCUCUGAGUUCAAGAAGGUCUAUGUCAGAAGAAAGUGUGUUCAUUUCUCUCCUGAAGUUGUUAAUGAGUUUUUGGGAAGAAGUCCGGUUGCUGGCACUGAUGAAGAACCUGAUUUGAAUAGGGUUGCUAAGAUCCUGACUGGGAAGAUGGUCAAGAAGUGGCCAAAGAAAGGAUUGCUUCCCUCUGGGACUACCAAGUAUGUUGUCCUUUUCAAGAUUGACUAUGCAAAUUGGAUGGCCACCGAUCACUUAUCUGGUGUAACUCCUCCCCUUGCCAGAAUGCUCUUUCUGAUUGGCACUGGUGGUGAGUUUGAUUUUGGCAAACUUGUUUUUUACCAGACUCUGAAGCAUGCAAGUUCUUAUGCUGUGAGACUGCCAAUUCUAUUUCCAUGCCUCUUGUCUAAACUAAUUGUCAAACAACAACCUCAUGUUGUGAGGGCUGGUGAACCACAAGGUAAGAGACCUAUGCCUCUCAAGUUUGAUUAUCGCUUGUUUGUUGGGACACAUGUUCCAGACAUUGUGCUAUCUGUAGUAAAGGGUUCUGCCAGUACCAGCGGUACUCAGGCAGUUGGUUUCAAGCAAAGAUGA